CUUUUCCACUGACGGGAUCUGCAAGGAAAGAGGUCGCCUCCCUUUACGACAACAAACAUGGCCAGCAGAUAUCGCCCCCAUCAGAGACCACAAUUCGAGGAAGAACAGCUGCGGAUUGUGCUUGUUGGGAAGACCGGAGAUGGGAAGAGUACCACAGGGAACACCAUCCUGGGGAAAGAAAAAUUUCCUUCUGGGAUGUCCUUUUCCUCAUUUACAAUGAACUGUCAAAGGGAAACUGUAGAGUUCAAUGGGCAGUCCCUGGCCAUUGUUGAUACUCCUGGUCUGUUUGCCACCAAAACACCUGAUGGGGAUCCAUCAAAAGAGACAGUCGAAAUGCCUUAUGCAUCUGACGCAAACAAGAAGACGCUUUAUGAGAUUGCUAAAUGCUUCACUCUGUCGGCUCCUGGUCCUCAUGUGUUCCUGGUUGUUCUCCAGGUAGGCAGAUUCACACCAGAGGAACAGGAAACAGUUAAACUCAUCAAGAAGUUCUUUGGAGAAGAGGCAGAACGUUACACUAUGGUUCUGUUCACUCAUGGUGAUGACCUGAAAGCUGAACAAGUUUCCAUACAUCAACUGAUCGGUGAAAAUAAAGCUCUUAAAGACUUUGUCAGGCAGUGCCAUGGGGGAUUCCAUGUCUUUGACAACAGGAACAGGGAUUCAUCUCAGGUUUUCGAGCUGCUGCAGAAGAUCAAAAAUAUGGUGCGGCGAAAUGGAGGAAGUCAUUACACCAAUGAGAUGUUCCUGAAGGCUGAGAAAGAUAUAAAAGAGGAGAUGCAAAACCUAAUGAAGGAAAAUCCAACAAUCUCAAUUCAAACAGCAAGGAAAAUAGCUGAAAAUGAUGAUUCCAGAAAAUUUGAUGAUUACAUUGUUGCGAUACUGGGAGGUCUAAUACUUGCAGGAACUGUUGCUGUAAAUGUGGGAAGAUGUGUUUUACAGUAA